GACAACCAAUUGCGUUACACAACAAGCCCAAACGAACCCAAACAUACACAUAAAACACCAGCAUACGUAAUGGCUGAUGAUCGCUAUCGGCCCUCGGGGGAUAGAGACAGAGAUCGCCGUCGUGACGACGACAAUUCUAGACAGUCCAACAACGAAACCCAAGACCUGCCGCAACCCUACAAUGCAAGCUCUCUGCAAGUAAAGCGAAGAGCCGUCUCGCCCUCUGAACAGCCUAGAAAGCAGAAACGACCUGGUGCCCGUGCCAGAAUCUCCGAAUCCGAGCGUGAGGCCAUCCGCCAACGCCAGAUCCAGCGCGACCGAGAGUCGGCGCAAGCCGCUGCUGCCAUGAACGAGAAUAGACCUCGCCAGAACCACGACGUUGUGCGCCAGCACUAUAACAAUGUCCCUGAGAGAGGACGCGAGUGGCGAACUACCGACAGCAACAUCAAGGGACUCCGAAAAUUUAACAACUGGAUCAAAAGCUGCAUCAUCCAGCGAUACUCUCCCGACGAGGACCACGCUCCCGGUUCACGAGAGGCAGGUAGAUCGAGCGGCCGCGAACUACUCAUUCUUGACGUUGGCUGCGGCAAGGGUGGUGAUUUGAACAAAUGGCAACAAGCGCCUCAGCCAGUGCAGCUGUAUGUCGGAUUGGACCCUGCAGAUGUCAGUAUUGAGCAAGCCCGCGGAAGAUACAGAAGCAUGGCUUCUCGCGGAGGCCGCGGUGGCUAUGGCCGCCACGGAUCCUCUCGACUCUUUGACGGACGUUUCCACGUGAAGGAUUGCUACGGCGAAACCAUCGAAGAUCUCGACAUUAUCCAGCAAGUGGGCUUUGACCCGUCGCCAAUGAACCGUCGUGGCUUUGACGUCGUUAGCAUGAUGUUUUCCAUGCACUACGCUUUCGAAUCAGAAACAAAUGCGCGAAACAUGCUGCGCAACGUUGCAGGAGCAUUGAAAAAGGGAGGUCGUUUCCUCGGCUGCAUCCCGAACUCAGAUAUCAUCAGUGAAAAGGUGCGAGCAUUCAACGCCAAGGCAGCGGCCAAGCGUGAAGCUGCCGCCGCCGCUGGAGCGCCAGCAGAUGCCGAAAAGGCCAAUGGAACACCGCCUCCUGCAGAACCUGAAGACGGUGAGCUGGAAGAGGGCGAGGAAGAGCCCACAGCAGAAUGGGGAAACUCCAUUUACCGCGUCCGCUUCCCUGGCAAGACGCCUGACGAUGGCAUCUUCCGUCCGGCUUUUGGCUGGAAGUAUAGCUUCUUCCUGGAAGAGGCUGUCGAGGAGGUCCCUGAAUACGUUGUUCCUUGGGAAGCGUUCCGUGCGCUCGCCGAAGACUUCAAUCUCGAACUGCAAUUCCACAAGCCAUUCAAUGAGAUCUGGGAGAUGGAAAAAGAUGACCGUGAGCUUGGCCCGCUCAGCGAGCGUAUGGGUGUCAGAGAGAGAGGCGGUGGUCCCCUACUCUUGUCUGAUGACGAAUUCGAGGCAGCUAGCUUCUAUCUUGGCUUCUGUUUCUACAAGGUUUAAGAACGUGGCCUUCAGUCGGACGUUUUCAAAAGCAUGUAUCAAGACUACAAUCAACUUACUCAAAAUUAAUAGCAAAAAACAAAAUAC